AUGAAAGUUUUAGUUGCUCUCAUUAUCAGCAGUCCCAGUUGCCCAAACGAUUCGCUUAAUUUGGUGAAGCAACUAAUAAUGGAUGACUUUAGUAUGUCAGUUCUGUUCGAGGUGACGAACUAUUGGUUGGAGGAAGUACAUGCUAUCAACGAUCUAUAUUUGUUUUCGAGACUAUAUGAUGAAGAAAUAUGUGCACACUUAUGUGACAAACUUCACAGCACAAAGAAUAUUCAUAUAAAGAAAUCGAUAACCAAUAUUAUUGCCCAUUCGGCACUCCUGGAUAUUCCUCUGAGCUUGUGCAAAGGCAAACACGUUCUGACCGACGAAGCUCUGGCAAUACUGUUGACAAAAGUAAAACUGAGUCAAAAAUUUGGCGUCACCUCAACACCAAUCGAACUAACCAGUAUUUCAUUUCGAAGUAUCUUUCAAGAUCCUUCUCCUACUCGUGUCGCUAAAGUUUUGUACUUGUUCUGCGUCAAUGCCAUUCAUGUCUCAGACGAAGCAAGCGAGAAAUCGAAGCAGUUCUUCAUUGACCUUCCCAAUUGGACCCAGUUGUGUACGCAAACUAUCUACAUAUACUUACGCCACGGUGUUCCACCCUCCGGCUUUCUAUGGAAUUUGGUUUUAGCCUCUUGGUCGGAUGCAGUCAGUUCUCUUCUGUCUAUGGGACCAUCUAAAGAACUGGAUAGAUUAAUCACACCCAUUAGUGGUUGUGCGCGAGUUCAGUGUUCGAUCCCACUGUCCGAUUUUUCAAAUCACAUUUUACAUAGCUUCUUGUUAAGAGAUCUUGCUCCCAAUCAAUCAACGUCGUCUAACGCAGGGUCAGAGACCAUUCGCAACAUGUGGUAUAUACUGAGCAUUUUCCUCACACCAUCCGAUUCAAAUCUGCUGCGUUCGAUUUCCGGAUCCCUCAGUGCUUUGGUUUCGGAUUCAAGGUAUUCUGUUGCAGCUGAACUGGGCGCUGUGCUGCAUACGGCCGAAAAACUUUGUGCUACGUUGACGGAUAUCGAAGAAGUUUUAAAGUUUGUGCAGCAAUUAAAUCGACUGUCUGAAAGUUCAAUGGAUACUCAUGUGACACUUCUUUUAUUACGCCAUGGAUUUCAUAUUAGCGCGAACACGAGAGACAAGCAAUGCGGGGGUUCGCCACUAAAGCAAACCUGUCGAAGCUGUUUGAUGACAAGUUUGACCAUACUCAGCGAGCGUUUGUUCUCAAUCUUGACGGAAAGCCCGGAUUCUGUGACAGAAAGUUCAGCUUAUGCUUCAAUGGAUUUUCUCGUCGAACAGUAUAUCGCUCUCAUGGAAUCGAUUUUGAAGAUUAUAAUAGAAGAAGGCAUAUUCGACGGACCAUCCGAAAUGGACUGUGAACUUCGUUUCAUGCGAAUACUAAGGAAAUUAGUUCAGUCUUCAGCUACCAGCUGUUCCGUCGUCUUUUGUCGAAAUGACAUCCGUAUGCUUUUGGCUUGUACAUUAUCACAUUGCUUUGUUUCCGUUAUUUCAAAGCAAUUACCGUUGCUGUCUGAUGAAAACCAACUUGCUGUGAAACAAACGGGAGAGACGUUUACUGAAUUACUUAAUUUCGAUAUGACAGAACUUUUAUGUUUGCCAUACAGUAGAAACGCUCUGAUCAAGGCUCAAGAAAAACUCAACCAGAUGGAACUACGCAGCUGCCCAACACAUUUAAUGUCGGUGGUCCAACUUUUGAACAAAGGAUUCGACCGGGCAAUUCACUUUAUAGAUGACAUGGAGCACAACUCGACACCUACAUCCUCCUGUCCGUUGUGCGGUGAGAUGAUCGAUCAAUUGAUUCAAGAUAUCAUGGUUGCACAUCCUGGGGUCGUCAUAGCGGAUUGUACAGAAGGCUGA